AUGAAGGUGCUCAAUGUGGCGGAAAAGCCAUCGGUGGCCAAGGAGAUCGCCAAUAUCCUGUCCUCAGGCCGCUCUCAUCGUGUGUGUCGCGCCGGUUUUUCCAAAUACAAUGCGCUCUUUGAGUUCCCGUACCAGGUCCGAGGGCAGCAGGUGCAAAUGGUCGUUACAUCCGUCACAGGCCAUAUCAUGGAGCUGGACUUUGACGCGAGUGUCAGAAGUUGGCACUCAUGCGAUCCCGUGGACCUCUUUACGGCGCCAGUGACCAAGAAGAUACGCAGCGAUGAGACCCAGAAAAAGAUUGAAAAGACGCUGAUGGAGGAGGCCAAGCACAGUCAAUGGCUCGUGCUGUGGUUGGAUUGUGAUCGAGAGGGCGAGAAUAUCGCCUACGAGGUUAAAAGUAUUUGCGAAAAGACCAAUAGCAGGCUACGCGUGUUUCGCGCCAGGUUCUCGGCGCUUAUUCCCCGCGACAUCGUCCACGCAGUGCAGAAUUUAUCGCAGCCCAAUGAAAAACUUUCAUUGGCAGUCGAUGCUCGAUCCGAGAUCGAUUUAAGAAUCGGCGCUGCAUUUACGAGGUUCCAGACGAUGCGCAUCCAGAGCAGAUUCCCAGCACUAAAUCAGGAGAAAAACGUUAUUAGCUAUGGACCUUGCCAGUUCCCUACACUUGGUUUUGUGGUGGAACGAUUUCUUAAGAUUAGGAACUUUGAACGAGAGGCGUUCUAUUACAUCAGCGUCACACAUCAGCAAACCGAUCAACCAGACGCACCCACGACGACGUUCAAGUGGAAGCGUGGGCAUUUUUUCGACCGCAUGGCGUGCUUGUGUAUCUACGAGUCUCUAGUGGAGAGUCAAACGGCAGCGAUCGAGUCUGUAGACAAGCGACCUUCUUGGAAGAGGAAGCCGUUGCCGCUUACCACGGUGGAGCUGCAAAAACGAGCUUCACGUUGGCUACGGAUCUCGUCGGAGGCAACCAUGAAAGCGGCAGAAAGUCUGUACAAUAAGGGCUUGAUCAGCUAUCCACGUACGGAGACCAGCAAAUUCAAAGAAGGCACCGACCUGAUGAGUUUGGUUCGGGCUCAUGAAACUCAUCAACAGUGGGGGAACUACGUGACACGGCAGCUGCUUGACGGAGGAAAGUACGAAGCUCCUCGCCACGGGAAUUCUGAUGAUCAGGCACACCCUCCCAUUCACCCAACCAAGAGUGUUGACCUAAAUACGUUGCCAGACCCAGACGAAAAGAAAGUGUACGAGUUUGUCUCUCUCCAUUUCCUGGCGUGUUGUAGUCGCGAUGCCAAGGGCAGCCAGACUAGUGUCGUGAUGGCGAUGUUAAAUGAGAGGUUCAUUGCGUCUGGAUUGAUGGUGGAGGAACGGAAUUACUUGGAUAUCUACAAGUACGAGAAAUGGAAUGCGUCUGCGAUUCCUGUUUAUAAACACGGCGAUGUGUUCCGCCCGUCGACGCUUGUGAUGCUCUCAGGAGACACAAACCCGCCACCGCUUUUAUCGGAGGCAGAUUUGAUCGCAAAGAUGGAUUCAAACGGCAUUGGCACAGACGCCACGAUUGCUGAGCACAUCAAGACCAUUCUCAAGCGUGAGUACGCUAUCAAGGUGAAUAACGAAACCCAGUUUAAGCCCACAACUCUGGGGUUGGCAUUAGUUCUAUCAUACGAGCACAUGGGCCUCGAGCUGGCAAAACCAGUUCUUCGUGCUGCGGUGAGUUUGAUCAUGGAGAAUGACUGCAAAGCGAUUUCGCUAGGACAGAAGGCACUCCGGCAAGUGGUCGACUCGUGUAUGGCUCAGAUGAAAGGCAUUUUCCUUGAGGUCACACGUAGCGCUACUGUGCUAGACCAGACUUUCUCGGAACAAUUCGGCCAACCCGUUUACGAUACUGCCGACUUUAGGAUGCCGCCCAGGGGAGAAGCAAGGCCACGGACUCCCGUUGACAUAGAACCACGGCAUGUAAUUCGAGACCGACGGCGAAAGCGUCAGCGACUUCCAUCACGGCCUACAGAUAAUUCAGCGCAGGCGCAGCGUCGAAUACUCCGCGCUCCGAGUCUGACCUCAGAUAUACCCCGGUGCGAUGACCACGGCUUGCCUUGUGUGGAGAAAGAAGUCACUCGUGACGGUCCCAAUACCGGGCGGAUGUUCUACAAGUGUUCGCUGCCUCAAGGUGAGCAGUGCGACUUCUUUGCUUGGGUAUCCGACUCGAACGCGCCCAUAGUCAAGUGUCCUGGUCAUAAUGAACCUUGCGCCGAGAGAACUGUGAAGAAGGAUGGCCCAAACAAAGGUCGACAGUUUUAUAUCUGCCGACGCGGCCAAACGGAUAACAGCUGCGGUUUUUUUCUGUGGAAGGAUGAGGUUACGGACACUCCCAGUGGAUCAGCUCAAGCGUCGGCUGCAAGAGGCGAUGCUGGUACAUCAAGUGCACCCAAGUGCUCUGGGCAUAAUACCCUUUGCGCUGUGCGUAAAACUCGAAAGCCAGGUCCAAACCAGUACCGCGAGUUCUAUGCCUGCAGCUUCCAGGCACCAGAUACCUGCGGCUUCGUCGAGUGGAUGGCCGAGAUGUCGCCUUCUACGGCUGAUAGAGGAGAUAGCGAGACUCCAAUGUGUGAGUGCAAGUUGCCUGGCAUCCGGCUCACGUGUAAAAGUGGAGUUAACAAAGGUCGGGCCUUUUUCAAGUGUCCAAACCCACAAGACAGCCAAUGCGAGUUCUUCCAGUGGGGGACCUAA